AUGGACGAUAAUCUAUGUUCAAAAUUUGAUUUUUUGAGGAAUUAUUUACCUGAUAAAUUAGGCGAUACACCAAAAAUUGAACUUAAAAAAAUUAAAGAUUACGAAAAAUACUGCCCUGAUGAUAACUGCAAUACUGAAAUCGAUAAAGUUACGAUUGGAUUUUUAUGGUUACUUGGACAAUAUUAUUCUAUACCCCACAAUAAAAGUUAUAAUGAAAAUAAUAUGAAUGCAUUUUUUCUAUAUAUGAUUUCAUGGUUUAGUUACAAAUUAAAGCAAAAUACAGAUCACAAAUCCAUCCAAAUAAACGAUUUUUAUACUAAACAUGUACAAAAUUGUGAUAAAUAUAAAAGAUUUAUAGAUGAUUCCACUAGAUUUACAGAUCUUGAUAAUGUCUUAGUUAAAAAAAGUGAUUUUUUGAAUAUUAAUAUUGAAGAUAUGUCUAAUUUUUAUGAUGCAUUCAAAUUAAUAUGUAACAUGUAUGGUAAAGUUUCAAAGAAUGAAUAUGACAAUACACUGUCAAAUAAUGCUAUUGAUUUUAUUAUCAAAUAUACAGAGCUCAAAAAUGGCAGUAAUAUUAAAGAUAACUUACAUAAUCAAAUAUUGUCUGCUUUAUCAACUAAUUAUAAUAAUUUAAAAAAUAAAUGUGAUAAUGCUAAGCCUAGCAAUUUUUCAUCCCUUCCAGAAAUAACAACAAACAUUUCUGCACUAACAUCAGAAUAUACAUCAUCAAGUUCGUCGAUAGGAAAUAAAUUAUUUACAGUUUUAUCGAUAUUUGGUGCAAUAGCAUUUUUUUUAGGAAUUUCUUAUAAGUAUUCGUUAUUUGGAUUUCGGAAACGAGCUCAAAAACAAUAUAUAAGAGAAAAAAUAAAAAAUAUAAAGAAGAGAAUGAAUCAUUAA